AAUGUCAUAAUAAGAAGAAAUUUAGUAAUAAGCUCAAAUUAAGCCAUCUCCUGAUUGCAUUGAAUACAAACUCAAUUUUUAUCAUCUACAUGGCAUUUAAAGUUGUCCAUAUUGCAAUAAACCAGAAACUUAAUAGAUACCAAAAGAGCUCACUAAUGAAGAUAUUGAAAAAUAUUAAAAUGAAGUCCUUCAAAAACAAAAAGAUGUAUUGUAUUAUUAUUAUAUAAUUAGCUAUUAAUUGAUAUAGAUCCUGAAGACCCUGAUUAGAUGAUGGAUUUAUUCGAAAAAUAUAAAGAUUGUCCAUGUUGUAAGGGAUUAGUAUUGAAUUGUGAAGGUGUCAUAUGUGAACAAUUAGGUUUGUGCUAUUGCAUCUAAAAAGACUUAUAAGACCGUCAAAGUUGAU